AUGCCUCGUAAAGCAGGACGCGCCCGACACCGUUUGCGCAGACCCCCGGGUCCUUCGAGCAACGCGCAAGCUCCAAGCAACACCGACGCGCCCCCGAUCCCUACCCCCACUGCCGAUGCCGAAGUCAACAAUGAAGGCCGGUCGACCACACCUACUGAGGAACCCCCCCAGACGGGCAUCCCCGUGGUGAACACUCCUGUGGGCAACGCUAGCGCCAACCCCAACACCACCUACCGGAACUUGAAUCUUGACGUAGCCAAUAAUCCUACCGCUUUUACCAGCGAGUACGAUGAGCAUUACGACGGAUACAAGAACGCGAAAAAUCUUGGGAUCCAUGAGAUGAACUGUCGUGAAUGUAAUAUGGAGGACCUCAUUCUGAAGCUUCAAGCGGUGAGCCUCGAGUACUACCAUGUCAACAGAUUGUACCAGGAGGAGAAGCGCAAGAACUUUACUAUGCGGCGGGGGCUGGAAGCCCGGCUUCCUGAUGUUGAGAUGCCUGUCUUUCAUGGAUACGGUAGCUACUAUUACUAG